AUGGCUGAUUCUAGAAGGUCACAGCAGGUUGCAGUUCUUGCUGAAUUGCCUGAACCAUAUUCAAUUUCUGGAAACUGUAAUGGGUUGAUUUUGUUGAAAUACGGAUUUUCCCCUUCUAGUAAUGAUCAUAAGGUGCUUGCCAUUAAGACUAAUAUUCGUAAUUUUAAAGAUGAUAAGGCCUAUAUUGCUGUAUACUCACUCACUGAUCACCUUUGGAGAGUUAAACCCAAUCCGGUGAGUGAGUCGGGUUGGGCUAUAUCGAGGUUUAGGCGUUGUGGAGGGUUAGUUUGUUGUGGAGGGGUUGUAUAUUGGGUUGAUAAUGAUUUGCACAGAAAACCCGGAGCUAAUAGGAAACUCUACUUGUAUGACUUUGAUGUCGAAGAAUUUAGUGUUAUGCAACUGUCUGAUUCUGUGAAAGAAAGCACUGCUAGGCUUAUUUUUGCCCAUGGCGAGUCCUUGGCAGUUUUAUCGAUGUCCUCUGAAAGUAUCUGCAUAUGGGUUUUGAAAAAGGAUGGCGGAGAGAAUCCAUGGAGGCUAUGGUUUUCAGGAGAGCCGAACUUAGAUGCUUCCAAGUUGUUUGAAUGUUCAAAUGUUGUCUAUGGUCAAAAUAGCAAUACGUUUUUGUUGAACAACACUCUCGCUACGAUGUCUUAUGACAUUGCAAGCAACCAAACGCGAACUCUGGAAAAAAAACAUAUCAUGAGUAGCCGGAUUUCUUUCCAGACUUAUGUAGAAAGCUUGGUUUUGCACAAAGGUUUUGAUGAGACUAUCACAUCAUUCCUAUGA